GCGGCUUUCCUGUGCCGGUUGCUACACCUGCCUGCACUCGACUUUGUCUUCUUGGGGCUCUCUCAGCCCCAAGUUCUGCAAGCCCCUCGGGGCCGGCUCCUGCCAUGCCGUUAGUUCGCUACAGGAAGGUGGUCAUCCUCGGAUACCGCUCCGUAGGGAAGACAUCUUUAGCACAUCAAUUUGUGGAGGGCGAGUUCCUGGAAGGCUAUGAUCCUACUGUGGAGAAUACUUACAGCAAGAUAGUGACUCUUGGCAAAGAUGAGUUUCACCUACACCUGGUGGACACAGCAGGGCAGGAUGAGUACAGCAUUCUGCCCUAUUCAUUCAUCAUUGGGGUCCAUGGUUAUGUGCUUGUGUAUUCUGUCACCUCUCUGCAUAGGCUGCCAGUGGUGCUGGUGGGGAACAAGGCAGAUCUCUCUCCAGACAGGGAGGUCCAGGCUGUCGAGGGGAAGAAGCUGGCAGAGUCCUGGGGUGCGACAUUUAUGGAGUCAUCUGCUCGAGAUAAGCAGCUGACUCAAGGCAUCUUCACCAAAGUCAUCCAGGAGAUUGCUCGGGUAGAGAAUUCAUAUGGGCAAGAGCGCCGCUGCCAUCUCAUGUGAGCCCUUG